AAAAGUUUUUGCAACAAGCCAAGAUGACGUAGUACGCUGAUUUCUGAGCAUGUAUUUACGUAGAAUUAAUUUUUAUGUCCUUAAGCUUGUCACCUUCGUAUGAUCGUCUUUGUUCUUUGCUAUGUGCUGUUUUACAUAUAAGAUUCAGYCUUGACGCUCAUGAACUCUGUUUAUCUACAACGUUGACACAAGUUUCUUAAAUAGAAAACUUGAUAUAUACGACUCCGAUCAACAACGUUUCGUUUGCAGGCCGCUAUUCUGUCUAAGUAGAAUGCCUAGCACACGAAACAGAGGACGAAACUAUGAACUUCUCUCGGCUAAGCUUGUAGAAGUUGGGUUAUUGAAGAGAAGAGAUGACAGCAACCGCAAUAAGCCCAAAAGACUUCCAUGUAAGAAGAUUAAGCAAGAACUCGAUGAAAUUCUAGACGAUGAAAGAGAAAUCAAAGACSUCAAAUCAAGAUCUUUUAAUGGAGUUGUUUCAAAGUCGAAGAAGGAGCAACUUGCUCAAACUCUACAAUGGCUAGAAGAAAACUAUGUCAUGUGUGAAGGAGUUUGUCUUCCACGGUGCAUUCUUUACGCUCACUAUCUGGACUUCUGUAGAAAACACCAAAUUGAAGCGGCUUGUGCAGCUACCUUUGGAAAGACAAUUCGUCAAAAGUUUCCACAACUUACAACUCGACGGCUUGGCACUAGAGGACAUUCAAAGUAUCAUUAUUAUGGAAUAGGAAUUAAGGAAUCUUCUGCAUAUUAUCAUUCGGUAUACUCAGGGAAGGGUCUCACUAGAUUUUCUGGCUCAAAAACGAAGAACGAGGGAACCUUCGCAUCACGGAAGUACUCUCUAAGCGCCAAGACAGGAACACUGCUACCCGACUUUCCCAAUGCGUUAUUACUGGAAUUACCACCAGAAGUAUCGCUAGAUAAGGUCCAUACUUUUAUAAUCAUGUACAAGACGCACUGUCAAUGUAUAUUAGAUACUGCCAUCAAUGCUAACUUUGAUGAAAUCAAAAAUUUUCUUCUUCAUUUCUGGCAAGGAAUGCCAGACCAUCUCCUUCCGCUCAUGGACACUGAGGUUGUAUCUGACGCCAUCUGCGUGUGUGAUUCUAUACUUUAUAAGGUAUUGAUGGAUGUCCUGCUACCAUCAUCAAUGCAAGACGUCCCGGAGGGGUUGCUUGCGGAUAUAAGAACUUUUGCGCGUCACCUAGAAACCUGGGUAACCACGGCAACAGAGCAACUACCGGAGUACAUAAAAGUCGGCAAAGUGCAAAUUGUCAGAAGAUUCGCUCAAUCCAUCAGAAGACAGACAUCGUUCCUUCAUCUUUCGCAGUUGUAGAAAAAUUCAAAGAGCUUCUUGUUGGUCAGUCAUCAGUUGAAUCGUACGUCGAAUGGCUCGAUCAUAUUGUAGAGGAAAAAGUGAUCCAGACUUGUGUAGAGACUGGGGCCGAUUUCAAGAACCGCGCACAAGACUUUUUGCUAAGAUGGUCAUUCCUAGGUGCUCGUCUGAUGCAUAAUCUGACACUGAACGCUUCAUCUUGCUUCGGUUCCUUUCAUCUCAUUCGUAUGUUGAUGGACGAGUACAUGCUCUUGAUCAUCGAAACACGGUUUUAUAACGAGAUGGAAGAAAAACUGCAAGAACUUUUGGACAGACAUCUGAAAAUGGGUGAAGGAAUCGACAAAGAUAACUCCCCUCUUCGAGUACAAACAGUCGUUACAAGAACAAAAUUCACAGUUCCCGACAUGGCCGAUAGCCUUCCUAGAUCCAAAAAAGGCGAUAUYGACACGGACGCUAAACCAGCCAAUAAAAAGAAGCGAACAAAAUCACGUGACGACAGAAAAACGCAUCGACUCAAGAAGCUUUCUCGCCCGAGUUCACAUGGUUAUAAGGAGAGCGGUCUUCCCCCAACACCUUUAGAASCAAAUGGAGGAUUUGUAAUGCCUACGCCUAGGGAGAAUUACUAUCCUGGUCAGCAUUCGCCUAGGGAGAACUACUWUCCUGGUCAGUUCGCCCCAGUCCUCACACCUCCUGUUUCCCCUGCGAUUUCGUCGUCUAGACAACAUAACAAUGGCCARGCACUAGUUACUUAUACGGGGCUUUCCAGUGGUAAGCGGUCGUGCGCAUACGAUAGCAGGGAGCCUGACCCCUCCCCUGACGUGAUUGAUAAACURGUGUCGCAGCACUUUCAGAAUUGUGGUCUUGGGGGAUAUGUAGCCGCUCCCGUCAAUAAUAACUAUAUGCCUUCGAGACAGGCGUAUCCUAGUGACCCACAACGACUUGACAACAGUUAUGGCCGCAUGAUGACGCAUGCGUAUUUCGCCCCUUUCAACGGUCACCCAUCUGACGUAACAACUACCCACGUGAUAUCCUGUAACAAUGGCAGCGUUUACAGCGAAGCUGGUCACGUGGUGGAAGAUCACGUGAUGAGCCAUGAUCAAGAAGAGUACAUCGAUAUUGCUGUAAACAAAUUAUUCAAUGGCGAAUGUGAGUUAGAGAAGGAUGACUGCGGCGAAGGACAUGACACAUUGCCUGCUAUCAACUCGCUGCUAAUGACAGAGGCAGCUAUCUAGUACUUAAACCAAGUGGUAGGCUACAAAAACACGGUGCUUAGAGUCUGAGGCCGAAAGGUUACAUGGGAAAGGUGUACUUAGCGYGCGUGCUAUGUCUAAUAUAUAGCUUCCUCAGUAGACAAUAUUUUUUCUUUUCGGGCUUCCUGUUGUUUGCCAAGGAAAGACUGGGGUGAGUGUACAUGCCAUUUUGUAAACACCUAGAAAGGGGUGACCUACGUAGCACGCAGUUGAUGUAAUGUAUUCAUAAAAUGUAUUGUAUUCCAUUGUUCCUCGUUCUAUUGUAUUAUGUGUUUUGUAUUAUAUCUUUAUGAAUAUAUUACAUCAACUGAGUGCUACGUAGGCUCUCCCCAUCUAGAAAGGACUUGCUCUUCGUCGUUAUUACUCUUCAUCUGUUUUGGUUCCAGUUUUCCUCUUCUCGUUACCACAGGAAAUCCAAUAGGGAAAACGUAGCUUACUAAAGCACGUUGAUCGAUUAAAUGAAUUAAUAUAUUUUAUAAGGAAAUAUCAUGAUAAUAUAAUUGCCUUUUCCCAGUUACCUUUUCGACAUCAGAUUCUAUGUGUCAUAUAUUUUGAAUUCUGACAAUCCUUUUAAAGACUUUCGAGAUGACUGACCGCUUUCAAAAAUAUUGAAGGCGCACGCAUGAAAGUGAGGCAUUUUGGGGUGAAAAUCACGCAAGUCUCGGAACACCGAAAAUAGGUCGUUUUUUGCUCAUUUUAUCGCAUUGAAAGCCCGCACACAUCUCUGAAGUGGUCUCAUUGAUGAAUAAAUCUACUUUCACAUAUGACGUUUGUCGAAAGAAAUCGUYAUGACAGGACCGAAAGGGAUUAUGGGGCAUUCUUCUCAAACAUGUCAUCUGUCAUUACAUUAUUAGCCACAUCUCCUCACGACAUUUUGAACUCUUAAACUAUUUAGWCGAAAAGGCAUGAAUUGUCUCACCCACAGAUCGGCUGCACCAUCUUGAAAGGUAGUUUUGGUUUUCAUUCCGAGUUUAUCGCGAUUUUAUCAAGAAAAACAUCUGUGUAUCAAUAUUUGAAAGUUGAAAGAAAGAAAAACUUCAACUCAAUAUAAAGGCGCUUUUUUUAAAACACUUGAAUCUGUAAAUUUAACCACUGUGCACGCUCUACCGCUGAUAUUUAGAUAUUCUUGUACCCAAGGCCCCAUUGAAUGAUAUUUUUUUUACUCAUAGCCGCAGUAACAGACUAACGUGGGCUCAGGGAAAACUGRAAACGUACUUAGAGCAAUAUGUAUAUACAAAUCCCGCUGAAUAUUUAGUUGUAUUUUAAAUAUGUUUUUGCAAAUAUAUAUUUAGACGUGUAGUCUGACUYUGGACCAGGGAURUCCCAUGAGYCUUUGCGAACUGAUGCUWGCUAGUUUUUGAUUGGCCAGUUUAAUUUACGUGCUUGUUUAAACCCAAGCCUGAACGCUCUGUGGUCGACMAACUGCCGUUGGCUCCUCCUGAUCUAUUCCAUUGUAUCUAUCGCAAAGGAUUGUAGAAAUGCAUUGUUCAGUGCUUUCAUGGAAUAAAAAUUCUUGCAGUGCAUGAUGGGAUAGCCCUGAUUUCCUCCUGCAUUCCAUACAUAUAUAUAGUGUAUAUUUUUACGUUUCUUUUAACACAGUUAUCACCAUUAUCUAAUAUUCAUAAAUAUCAAAUCAUUAAA